AUGUCUACACAAGGCGAACUUGAUGUGAAGGACAUCCAUUCUCUCUCUGAUGUUCAGCUCUUGGACGAUAUCGACAGCCUUCGAGCCCAUGGCAUCAAUCAUCUGGUAGCCCUACCUCAGCUCAUCGUUUGUGGUGAUCAAUCCUCUGGGAAGAGCUCUGUCCUUGAGGCGGUUUCGGGCAUACCAUUUCCGUCCAAGGACACUCUAUGCACCCGUUUUGCCACCGAAGUGGUUUUGCGCCGUGCAAUUCAAGAAGAAGUCAAGGUCAGCAUUUUACCGGGGCCUAGUCGCGUUUCCAAAGAUGCAGCUGAAAUCCAAUCGUUCGAACACGAUCUACGUACGUGGGAAUCCCUCGAGGAUGCGAUGAAUCAGGCUAUGAACUCGAUGGGACUCCACGACGACACGGGAACUUUCACCGAUGACGUCCUUCGCAUCGACAUCUCAGGUCCUUCGAAGCCUCAUCUUAGCAUCGUAGAUCUUCCUGGUCUAAUCCACACUCAUGGAAAGUCACAAAGACCGGAGGAUGUCAUUGUGGUCCAGCAGCUUGUACGUCAUUACAUGGCGAACGAAAGAUCCGUCAUUCUAGCAAUUGUGUCAGCAAAGAACGAUUACGCAAAUCAGAUAGUUCUCAAAAUCGCUCGGGAGGUGGAUCCACGUGGUUUACGGACACUUGGAAUCAUCACCAAGCCUGACACACUUGUCCUGGGUUCAGAAAGUGAGACGGCAUACCUGAAUCUGGCAAAGAACUUGGACAUCAAAUUUACGCUUGGCUGGCACGUCUUAAAGAACCGUGAUUACUCUUCACAAACCGUCUCCCUUACAGAGAGAAACCAAGCAGAAGCGGAAUUUCUCUCACAAGGCGUGUGGGUGCAGCUUUCUCGCUCCGAGGUUACAAUUGCUCCUCUUCGCCGACGACUGAGCCGUGUCCUGCUUUCGCAAAUAAAGAAAGAAGUGCCGAGCUUGUUACAUGAGAUUGAGAUGAAACUCAAUGAAUGCAAGUCAGAGCUACGCCGGCUGGGUCACGCCAGGAACACUGAAGCCGAGCGGCGAAGGUUCUUGCUACGACUCUCUGAAGAAUACCAGACGCUAUGUCGGGCAGCCGUUGAUGGGGUCUACGGAGGUGAUUUUUUUGGAGAUCCCCUCACGGAUAAAGGCUAUCAAAGGCGCCUCCGGGCUACGAUCCAGAGCCUCUCCCUAGACCUGGCAGACGUUAUGCGACGUCAGGGACAUCGAUACAAUCUGGUCGAUCACGAGCGAGGGAAGGAUAAUGCGAACACUUCUCUCAGCCAAAUCACAAUGACUCGCAAACAGUACAUGCAGGUAGCAACGCUAAUGCAGCCUCCGCUAAUGUCCAUUAGCGGAGGCUGCAUUAGCGCCCGCUGGCACAAUGCAUCCACCAGACUGGACAUCAGCUUCGCAAGUCAGGAAUCUGAUCUGUAG